CCUCGGGCCCCGCCCCCAGAGCGCCGUCACCGCCCGCCAGGCCCGUUCCUCCUGGCCGCCUGGGGGCGCCGUCGCAGACGCCGCCGCGCCUCCAAGAUGGCGCAGCCUCCGCCGCCGCCGCCGUUCCUGGGCCGCUUCGCGCCGCCGUUCCGCGCCUUCCCUCCUCAGGCACCGGGCCCGUUCCCGCCGCCCCCCGCUCCCUUCCCCGUCCCCGCCGCCCGCCCGCCUCUCCCUCCCUUCCUCCCGCCUCCUUCCUCCGAGCCCGGUCCCUUCUUCCGCGGCCCCGCCGCCCCGCCGCUCUUUCCCCCGUGGCCCUCGGCCGAGCGGCCGCCGCCCCCGCGGGACCCGGAGGACGAGGACGCUGCGCAGCGGCAGCGCGAUGAGCAAUGGUUGGUGCAGUUCCUCGAGCGGCGCGGCCCCCCGGCGGAGCCCCCACCGCCUCCCCGCGGCGCCGGCCUCGAGCUCGGGCGGCGGCUGGCGGUGCGGGCGCUGGGGACCGUGAGCCGCCUGGUGGCGCUGUGCCGGGCCCUGCGGUGCCGCGAGGCCGAGGGUCGAGAGGAGGGCUGGGAGCGAGAGCGGGCCGAGGCCGAGGAGCUGCUGGAAGAGCUGAGGGAGACGGUGCGGCCGCUGAGGGAGCCCGGCUACCUGCGGGAACUGGGCCGGAAGGCCGAGAAGGCGAGGAAGAGGAGGGAGCGGCUGCAGAGAAGGAAGCGGGAGGCCCGAGCGGCCCAGGAGGAGGAGGCGGCCCGCGCCGCAGAGCGGGAGGCUGAGAUCGACCGAUGGAGGGCGGGGCGCAUCCAGGAGGUGGAGGAGAAGAACCGGGAGCGGGAGCUUAAGGCUGCUGCAGACAGUGUCUUAUCUGAAGUCAGGAAGAAGCAGGCAGACACAAAGAGAAUGGUGGACAUCCUGGGCUCCUUAGAAAAGCUUCGGAAACUGAGGAAAGAGGCUGCUGCCAGGAAAGGUGUUUGUCCACCUCCCUCAGCAGAUGAAGCCUUUGAAAAUCAGGUGGAAAGUCUCAGAGCAUUGCUCAAAAAUCGCACAGAGCUGUAUGAAGCUGAGGAGAGAGCACUGAGAGUGAUGUUGGAAGGAGAACAGGAGGAGGAAAGGAAGAGAGAAAUGGAAAAGAAGCAGAAGAAGGAAAGAGAAAAGCUUCUACAGCAGAAACGUGACAUUGAUUCCAAGCUGUUUGGGGAUCCAGAUGAAUUUCCUCUUGCUGAUCUGCUGCAGCCUUUCAGGGAAUAUUACUUACAAGCUGAGCUUUCUGUAGCAGCUCUAAUCCAGAUCAGGCACGAAUGGGAUCAGUACCUGGUGCCCGCUGAUCACCCUGAAGGAAGCUGCAUCCCUCCUGGAUGGGUUCUUCCGACUCUCCCCACGAAUGACACUUGGGCCACUGCUGUCAGAUAACUCAGAAAUAAAUUGUUUUUGCACUG